CAGCCGGACCCGCCUCUUCAUCCCGAGUGGAAUAACGAGCAAGUGAAUCGUUGCCCGCCGCGAGCUUCCGAGAUGACCGUAAGUGAUAUUUGCUCGUCUUCUCGAGCCUACUGUGUUAACGACUCGAGGCGGUAAUCAAGGUAUACUAAUCGCGAGGUACGAAGUCCGCGUCUAAAAAGAAGAAUCGCAGAAGAUAAUCGGAGUGUUUUUACCUCACGGAACAGAUAUCCAUAGAAAAUACCUCCGCUUACGUAACCGAGACGAAUAUUCAGUGAGCGCUGAUCCAUCGACGGAACAGGAUCACUUGAGAGAUAUCGGUGAACCUUAUAAAUCAGAUAUCGAUGGACAAGAUUUAUCGGUUCACAUAAUUUGGGGGGGAAUUAAAUGACGUUGAAGAAUCGCCGGUUUUUGGGGUAGUUGAAAUUUCCGUCUUUGGAUCGUUCGACGUGAAAGUGUAAAAUUGGUGAACCGCGUCGACCGAAAAUAAUAAAAAACAAAAAAAAAAAAAAAAACGUUCAUAAACUUUGCGACUUUGGAAAAUUGGCGUUAAAUAUGAAGUCGACGGUGUUAUUUUUCUGCUUCGCGAUCGUGCUACCCGGCUUUCGAUAUGCGGGGGGAGCCAGAAUAUUGGGAAUAUUUCCGUUGCAGGGUAAGAGUCACUUUAACUUUCAUACGGAAGUGAUGAAGAGUCUCGCUGACGCGGGUCACCGAGUGGACGUGGUCAGUCAUUUCCCUCUGAGUAAACCUCACGCGAAUUACACGGACAUAAUAAGUCUGGCGGGUAGCGGUAUGGUCGUUUUGAACAACAUGGGCUACGAAAUGUUGGCGACGAUCGCCGGUGGAUCGUUGAAGGAAUUGACGGAUAUCGCCGGCACCGAGGUUUGUCGGUUCAUGGAAAAACCUGAGAUGCGAAAUUUGAUCGAAAAUCCCCCCAACGAUCCGAAGUACGAUCUCGUGAUAGUUGAGUACUUCGUCGCUAAUUGUUACUUCGCAUUCGGAAGGCAUCUGAACGUGCCGUUGAUAGCGCUCAGUUCCGCGUCCAUAAUGCCGUUGGCGAACGAAGAAUUGGGUAACCCGGACGACCCGGCGUACAUUUUCGAAUUGAACGAACGACCGAUAUCCGGUAUAACGUUCUGGCAGCGAUUACACAACACCGUUAUCACGAUAUUUAGCAAAAUAACGCUGUCUUACUAUCUGAAAGAGCAAAAUGCUCUGGUGAAAAAAUACUUCGGUCCCGAUAUGCCGGGAGUCGACGUCCUGGCUCGGGACAUAUCACUGUUGAUAGUCAACACACACCACGUCAUUCACGGAAUCAGACCUUUGACACCGGCAAUAGUUUCGGCCGCUGGGAUUCACAUACACGACGACAAGAAUCCGCUGCCCAGGGAUUUGCAGAAAUGGUUGGACGAGAGCAAAGAUGGUUUCGUUUACAUGUCGUUCGGUUCCAUGGUGAGGAUGGAAACGUUUCCGAAGGAAUUUCUCGGCGAGGUAUACGCGGCGUUCGAGAAAAUCGCGCCGCUCAGAGUUUUGCUGAAAAUUGCCAAACCGGAGGAACUGCCGGCUGGUCUUCCUAAAAAUGUUCUAACGCGACCUUGGCUACCCCAAAUCGGAGUUCUGAAGCACAAGAAUAUCAAAGCGUUCAUAUCGCACGGUGGAUUGGGAGGAGUAUUGGAAUCUCUGAGGUACAGCGUACCUUUGAUAGGUUUGCCAUUGUUCGGAGAUCAACUCACUACCAUAGCAGCUUGCGCGAAUCGCGAAAUCGCAUUGAAACUCGAUUACAAAAAACUCACGUCGGAGGAACUCGCGUCAGCGGUGAAAAAGAUCGUUUACGAUCCCAAGUACAAGUUAAAAAAACAUGAUCGUACUGUCGGAGGAAUUUAUGGACCGACUGAACAGCCCGCAAGAAACCAGCGUAUUUUGGAUCGAAUAUAUACUGAAACAUGGGGCAGAUUCCCUACGAUCUCCGGCCGUACAACUGACCUGGUGGCAAACGGAAUUACUCGACGUUUACGGAUUCAUAAUCGGAGUGAUACUCUUGGCAAUUUACGCCGUCAAGUUAAUUGUUUCGAAAAUAUUGCGAACGAUUUUCAAAACGAACGGGCCAGCGAAAUCGUCGAAAAAAACUAAUUGAUUCGUAUCCAUAGAAGGAGGAGAAAGAAAAAAAUAAUUAUCAAUUUUUAAUUGUUCUCUCCUACGUGACUAAUUUCUAUGAAAAAAAUUUAUCCCGGCACGAUGCGCGAUUUGUAAAAGUUUUUAUCUUUUACUGAAUUCAUUUGAAGUCAGACGGAAAUUUUCCGAUAGCUUGAAAAAAAAAUUUUUAGAUGAUAACACGUGGAGAUCGAAUGGUAAUCAGAUAAGAAGACAAUCGGUGCAAGGUAAUUGAGUAUUGAAAAAAAAAUGUGCCCAACGACAUUCGAUCUACCGAAAGUCACUUGACGGGAAAAAAGGAAGAAUAGAACUUGGUCAAGCGAAGAAAAGAAAGAAAAAAAAAUGAUCACGACGCGAUAAUAAUUAACGAGCACGUUCCGACCACGUUGUACAAUUAAAAACGUAGGCUGGUUUUGUACGUCCAACAAUAAAUACACUCGAGAUUGCGUACUGAAUUUUAUUGAUGAAAUCAUUUCACUGAUCAAUAUAUAAAAGUGCAGUAGAUUUCGGAGCUUUAUUGACACGUGGAAGAUGUCACGCGAUCAUAUCAUCAAAAUUUAAAUCUUUCAAUUCUAAUCGUAUACGAAUAUAAUAUAUCAGCAGUAAUAAUAGAAUUUUUGUUGCUGAUUUUUUGGUCUAAUAAUGCUCAGAAGAUCGUCGUGAUAGAACGACUGAAAAAUGCACUUGCACUUUAUAUAACGCCACGAA